UGUGGUGGGCGGUACCGGAGACGCUCUGGGCCUGCCUCCCGCCGUGCUUCGCCCGUGGCCGCCUUCGCCUCAACCCAACAUGGCGAUGCAUAACAAGGCGGCACCUCCGCAGAUCCCAGACACUCGGCGAGAGCUGGCGGAGCUGGUGAAACGGAAGCAAGAGUUGGCGGAAACACUUGCAAACUUGGAGAGGCAGAUCUAUGCUUUUGAAGGAAGCUAUCUGGAAGACACUCAGAUGUAUGGCAAUAUUAUUCGCGGCUGGGAUCGUUAUCUAACUAACCAAAAAAACUCCAAUAGCAAAAACGAUAGGAGGAACCGGAAGUUUAAGGAAGCUGAGAGACUCUUCAGUAAAUCCUCAGUUACUUCAGCAGCUGCAGUAAGUGCAUUGGCAGGAGUUCAGGACCAGCUCAUUGAAAAAAGGGAGCCAGGAAGUGGGACAGAAAGUGAUACCUCUCCAGACUUCCACAAUCAGGAAAAUGAGCCCACCCAAGAGGACCCUGAGGAUCUGGAUGGAUCUGUGCAGGGGGUGAAGCCUCAGAAGGCAGCUUCUUCGACGUCCUCAGGGAGUCACCACAGCAGCCACAAAAAACGGAAGAAUAAAAACCGGCACAGGAUUGAUCUGAAGUUAAACAAAAAGCCACGAGCUGACUAUUAGAAGACUGUUUAGUGCAGAAGUAUCCAGGCUGUAGAGUCCUGCCUCCCGUCUCCAGUCUCACGGAGAUAAACGUCCCUCACUUGAGUGCGUGGCCGCCCACCUCUGCUCUCCCAGACCCAGUGCCUGUGACUCUUGAGUACUUUGUUCUAAAUGUGGUGAAAGUCUUUUCAGCAAGAUACUGGAUCAUUUGCUCUGUGUCAUUUUUAGUAGCAAAAUUGCAGGAAGAUCAUUCCAUGGUUCUAAUCCCAACAAGUGGCUUAACUGUGCAUUUCUCCCUUAGACCGUCUCCCCUCAAACUGGCUGGCACCAGCUACACCUAUAAUCCCACCAGAAAGUUCUCUCUGGUUUUGUUUUAUGCUAAAAGUAGAACACACUUCACCUUUUAGAUGGAGGCUGUAAAUAUCUGGCAUUCUCUUUUUCUGUUGUGUGUUUUAUUGUUUUUCUAUUGUUGUUUUUACCAUCUUAUUUUCUUUUGGGACUUUUUGUAAUGACUUUGUGCAGCUCAUACCUUCAUGAUGACACUUCUGAUCAUCUGUUUCAUAUGGCUGUCACUAUUCUUAUCUGAAAAUAAUGUAGUUUACCAUAAGUAAAGUGGCAACUUGGCUCUUUG